ACGGCGAAGGUGCACCGAGUCUCUCUAUAAAAGCGAGGGUACACCUCGGAGAUUCAGUGUGCUCACUGUCGACCAACAUGUACAGCACCGACAAGCUGAAAGUGAUCCUACUCUGCGGUCUGGUGACGUUGGUCAUCGCCGAGGAGCCAAAAAAAGAGGCAGCAGCAGCAGCCCCGGAGGACAAGGAGAAGUCCAAGCGAGGUCUGGAGCUUAGCCUGGGCGACCAUGGUGGUUUCGGAGGCGGCUACGGGGGCGGCUACGGCGGCGGCUACGGCGGCGGCUACGGCGGCGGCUUAGGAGGCGGCUUCGGGGGUGGCGGCGGCGGCGAUCUCAUCAGCACCGAGCACAUCCCCGCGGUGACCAUCACCAAGACCGUGCACGUCCCCCAACCAUACCCGGUGACCGUCGAGAAGCACGUGCCCUACCCCGUGAAGGUACCCGUGAAGGUGCCAGUGGAGCGACCCUACCCCGUCCACGUCCCUCAGCCCUACCCGGUGACGGUGGAGAAGCACAUUCCCUACACCGUGGAGAAACAUGUGCCCUACCCCGUCAAAGUGCCCGUCAAGGUACCCGUGAAGGUGCCCUAUGAGGUCAAGGUUCCCGUGAAGGUGCCCUACACGGUCGCCAAGCCCGUGCCCUACCCCGUGAAGGUGCCCGUCGUCGUCAAGGAGCCCUACCCGGUGGUCGUCAAGAGCCAGCACGAGGACCUGGGCGGAUACGGAGGUGGAUACGGAGGUGGAUACGGAGGUGGACACGGAGGUGGAUACGGAGGCUUCGAGGGUGGCUUCGAGCUGGGAGGAUUCGGUGGCUACGGCCAUCACUGA